AUGAAACCCGCUUUAGUAGCAAUCAAGGAUAGCAACCACAGUGGCUCUGCUACUCGGCGUUCAGUUUGUAACACAACAUCCGGAGUCUCGUGUUUUGCGGAACUCUUUGAAAUGAUGGGAGAAGUGUGUGUGGAACGACACCUAGCCCUCAAAUGUGUUCACUAUACGUGGCUGGACGAAUGCUUUGAACGACGCGUUGGAAAAUGUGAUGCAAAUGCCGUCAGUAGUGCUGGAGCAGCCGGCUAUCGAGUGGCAUUAGCACGCUGUGGGUAUCGAAAAUCCCAUACCUCAGCCGAGACAAAUCCUUUGAUCGGAGUGCCGGCUGAUGACGCACCAUCGAGACUGCAAUUGGUUUCAACCCUUGGAUACCUUCAAACGCAAUGUGCACUGAGUCGAAGCAAAAACUGUUCCAGUGAACACGUACAUAAUAUUAUGUCACAAUGUGAAGAACGAAUGAAACCCCGAGCCGGAUAUCCACAGUUUGACAGGCAUCGAUUACUCCGGAUCAAAUUAGACACCUCGAAAAAAUUGUUGCUGUACUCGGAAACCGACAAGGAGCGAGAAUGUCUAGUAGUUCGGUCUACACUUUCUGAAAUAUACACGCUCCAUCAUGCCCACUGCUAUCAUUCGUUGGUGACGCGAUGUCUAUGUGAACGGCUACGGCUCGAAGCUCUAUGUCAGAUCAGGUGUGAUCAGUUGGAGCCAACCUCGCCAAAACAAGAUCAACUGGCGUGGGAUGAAUGGCGGGACGCUCGCUUGAUUUCAUCACUAAGGACCCCAUUCCAAGUUGUUGCCAUCCUUGUAUUUUGUGUUAUUUUUGAGUUGUUACGGUGA